AUGUACUUUAUAAAGUCUGCUAUUAUAUACUUUUACCUAAAUUUACAGAAACCUCCCACAACUGUACGAAUCUUUGAUCGCAAUGACUACUACAGUGUGCAUGGUGCGGAUGCAACCACCGCUGCGAGGGAGGUAUUUUCAUCAGUAUCCAACAUCAAGAAGAUGGGCAUUGAACCUAGUCGGCAAGAUUAUCUCGUCCUCUCGAAAGGGAACUUUGAUAUAUUGAUUCGGAAGUUAUUAUUGGUCCGUCGUUACCGCGUUGAGAUCUACGCAUCUGAAGGGUCAAGUAAGAACGAAUGGAUCCUCAAGUACAAAGGAUCACCAGGAUGCAUGUCUCAACUAGAGGAGGUGUUGGGUGAAGGAUUCACUAAUGAUAAUGGUUGCUUAAUUGCUGUCAAUAUCAAGACUGAUGCUAUCACUAAGGGUCGCCUUAUAGGAGUGGCGUGUGUAUCAGGUAAUGACUACCAAAUGUCCGUCUCGGAGUUCACCGAUGACGAUUUGCUGACACAACUAGAAACUGUUACUGUGCAGAUGGCCCCCACUGAAUGUAUUAUACCGCAAGCUGAAAAUGAUGAUUACAAAGCACUGAAAAAGGUAAUGGAGCGAGCCAAUAUAACAGUGACAAGGUUGAAAAAAAUAGAUUUUUCUACUGAAGGUCUGAUACAGGAUCUAAAUCGUCUUCUAAAGUUCAAGGAUUCUCAAGUGCAAGAUGCUAAUGCUUUUCCCGAAACAAGAAUGGCAUCAGCCAUGUUGAGCUUAGCCGCAGCUAUAAGAUAUACAUCGCUCGUUAACGAUGCUACUAACUUUGGAAGAUUUCGCCUGAAUUCAAUAAAAGCAGAGAGCUUCCUGCAUUUGGAUGCGGCUGCGCUCAGCGCGUUGAAUGUGUUACCGGAGCUGGGAGACUCCAAUCAUGCGCCUACGAGAAGUUUGUAUGGAUUACUCGAUAGAUGUCGCACCCAACAAGGAAAACGGCUCUUAGCCCAAUGGCUUCGUCAGCCUCUCAGAGAUAUAAACCUUAUCAAUGAGCGGUUAGAUAUCGUAGAAUUGUUAGUAGAGAACUCACAGCUCAGACUUCAAUUGCAUGAAGAUCAUUUGCGAAGGAUCCCGGAUUUGCAGGCCUUAGCCAGGAAACUUACAAGAAAAAAGGCAAAUUUACAUGACUGCUAUAGGAUAUAUCAGGCAAUACAAAGAUUGCCGAAUCUUCACCAAUGUUUAUCAGAGUCCAACAGUCCAACUGUUAAUUCUUCAUUGGCCGAACCGAUUUCCGAGUUGAAUGACGAUUUAGAAAAGUUCCAGCAGAUGAUUGAGGCUACUGUCGACAUGGAUGCUGUGGACAGAGGUGAUUUCCUAGUAAAACCAUCGUUUGACGAGCAACUUCAAUUACUUCAUGAACAGUUGGAAAAUAUACAGCUGUCCGCCGAAAAAGAACUGAACAGGGCUGCCAAAGACCUAGAAAUGGACGCCAAAAGGACUAUCAAACUUGAAAAUAAUCCACAAAAUGGAUUUUACUUUAGGGUUACACUAAAAGAGGAACAAGCUUUACGUGGGAACAAAAAAUACACUAUAAUAGACGCGGUCAAAGGUGGCGUUAGGUUCAAAACUAACGCAUUAGAGGCCAUAACAGAAGACUAUGUUCAAAGUAAAAUUAACUAUGAAAAGGAACAGGAUAAAACGGUAGCAGAGAUUAUUGGUAUUGCUGCUGGUUAUUCAGAAUGUCUCUUCGGUCUCUCUCAUAUUCUAUCAAAGCUGGAUGUGCUUGUCUCUUUCGCGGUUGCGGCGUCAACAGCUCCAUACCCAUACACUCGGCCAACCAUUACGGAAAGCUUGGAUGAGUUCGUCCUACGAGAUGUGAGACAUCCAUGUCUUGAAGUGCAAGAGGGCGUCUCUUUCAUACCGAAUGAUGUUGUUUUUAAACGAGACUCGUGUUUAAUGCACAUAGUGACAGGCGCCAAUAUGGGCGGCAAGUCCACGUGGAUGCGGUCUUGUGGCAUUGUGGCGCUACUAGCACACGCGGGCUGUUUGGUCCCUGCGUCUAGUGCUAAGGUGCCAAAACUUAGGGCCCUUUGUGCGAGAGUGGGAGCGGCUGAUAGAGAGGAAAAAGGACAGAGCACUUUUAUGUUGGAGAUGAUUGAGUCGGCUGCUAUUUUAAGGACGGCAACCCCGGACUCAUUAGUACUAGUAGAUGAGCUUGGGCGCGGUACAUCCACUUAUGAAGGAUGCGGCAUCGCCUGGGCUAUUGCUGAGAAACUAGCGACAGAAAGCAAAUGUUUCUGCCUCUUCGCGACACAUUACCAUGAGCUGACCCGAUUGCCGAGUCUCCAUCCGAAUGUAAUCGUGAAUUCACACGCAGAAGCCUGCGUAGUAGAUUCCCAAUUGCUACUUUUGCAUAAAAUCGUCCCUGGACCGGCAACACAUUCUCUGGGAUUGCAUGUCGCCAAAUUGGCCGAUUUACCGGAAUCUAUUAUUGAGUAUGCAGAAGCCAAACAGGCCCAACUCGAAACAAAUUUAUUUGAAAUCGAGGCUUCAGUUAAAACUCAAGAUACUUUGGAGGGACAACAAUUAAUCGAAGACUUUCUACGAAAAUGCAAGAAAAUACAAGAAACUGUCAAGUCUGACGCAGACAUGAUGUUGGAAAUUAAUAAAAUGAAAGAAGAUUUAAUUAGUUCUGACAGCAAAUACAUAAAAUCUUUACUUACUGCGUGA